UUUUAUAGUCUAUUUAGUUCGGUCAUCAAUUUUGAUAAAUGUCAUAAUAUUCUUUAUUUCAAUAAAUUGACAUUUUUUACUCCAAAUAUCAGGCCCUAGCCAUGUAAGAUCUCCCAAAUUUAGUAUUCACGUCACUGUAAUCUUAUUGUAUUAAAUAAUAAUUUGAUGAAACUCUAUUUAAAUUUGUUUACUAUUACAUUGCUUACAUUGUCAUUACGAUUUAAUGUAUAAAAUAAUUUUGUUUGAUCACAUUAUUUCAAGUCAAAAAGUGUAAGCGAUAAAAAAUAUCAGGCCCUAGUCAUUUACGAAAUUCAAAAAUACGCGGCAUCCAAACAUAUGACUUAUUCAUAACUCACUCAAUACGGUAGCAUCGGUGUGUAGUUGGUUGCAAACACGAGCCAAGCCGCGGCAGCAAUUUUGCUAUUAGUGUGGUAACCGACUUUGCUGCGGAAACAUGUGCUGUGCCAGUCAAACUCUCAGGCCCUAGAUGGCGCCUAUAAAGAAAAAAACAUUGUCUAAAGAGGAAAUUGCAAAAAAAAAGUCUGAACAGGCAAAGAGGCGAUUGGAAAAAAUUAAAAAUGAUCCUGUUUUGCUGGCGGAGUACAAAGAAAAGGAACGACUAAAAUAUCUAAAGAAAAAGGAAAAAGGACAACGGAAGUGUGUAAAAGACAUGACUCCCCGUGAGCACAGAAAGGCAAGAAAAAAUUGGGUAGCCUAUUCAUCUGAUUAUAGAAAAAAACAAAAGAUUCGUGACAAUACAGAUAAAUACGUGGACCAAAAUACGCCGCCAUCAUCGGAAGAUGAAAUUAUUCCUGCGGCUCCUUUAUUAAAUAAUGAAAGAGAAGCUGAAGCUAGAAGGAGGAGUAUAGUUCAACGGAGAAAAAGAAAUAGUAUGUUGAGGAGGAAGGACUUACUCAUUGAAAAUUUAAAGAAGAAACUUGCCAGCGAACAACAAAGAAACAGAAGACUGAAACAUAGAAUGAUACAAACGAAGCAAGCACUGACACCAGAAAGUAAAAUUGUAGAAAUGGCCAACGACCCUAAUCAAAAAGCAGAAUUGAUAAAAAAGUGUUAUUUGGCGAUAUUAUUCAAAGGCAAAUUUUAG